CAUGCCAGACCAUGCCAGACCAUGUCAGACUAUCAUAUUACAACCAUACAACUAUACAACUCUACAGUACUACUAUACAGCUGUCUCCAUGUACCUCAUCACUCUAUUCUGUAUGAGACUGUACUGUUGCAUUCCCUCGGUAAUGUGACUAUUCUGUUCUGUUCUGUACUGCUCCUGUACGAUAUACAUAUCCCCAGGCAUAGCAUCAUCACUAAAUGCACCAUCGGACACCCGUCGACAAGGAAUCGUCCUCUUUUUCCUUCAUAAUCCCCAGUCUCUUACCGCCUUACUGCCAUGCACUUGGAAUCCCCUCAUCCGUUCCUUCCUCCGUCACAUAAUCCCUUGGCUUCACCACACCCCCCACCCCUCCCACUUACUUUGUUGACCUUCAUCCCAUCUUCGCCGAAACUUCCGAUUUCUCAUGACUCUUUUAACACCCCUCCGUCCUCCUUCACUAUCCCCACUCACUCUUCUCCCUCAUCCACUUCCCUCUCACAAUAAUAUACUACUGAAAUCCAACACCGUCUUAUUACCUUAUCACCUUCUUACACUACCUAAAACAUAUUGACAAAUUGACAUAUGGUCCUUGCCUACCCACCAGACAAGCGAUAACCACCACUCACCAUUCCCUUGAACCUAACAAUACACACUGUCAAACAGCCACAUAUGAGGACCUGCCCGGAAUUUACCAAGGCAGCCCCGGCUCUGCUGGUGCUAUUCUUCGCUAUAGCGGCCUCUGCACACGGGGAUGAAACUCAUAUGGAUAUGGGCAUGACGGCCACUGGCGCUGGUGUGCCGCUGGGCGCCACUCCAUCUAAUGCGACGCUGGAGGUGCCUCCAAGUUACUUCCGACACCCAGAAUACUCACAUUUGAUCCUCGCUCACAUUGCUCUGAUGACAAUUGCUUGGGUCUUUGUGCUUCCAAUUGCUGUAAUGCUCUCCAUUUCCCGCUCCAGACUGAACCUCUUAGCCCAAUCUGGCUUUUUUAUAAUAAAUUUGGGAGGAGUUAUACUGGCGAUGCUCUACAACAGCAGAACGCCGGAUUUAUACCCCCAUAACGCGCACCACACGAUCGGGUGGCUGCUCACUUGGGUCACCGUUGCGCAGAUAUGCCUGGCUCUAAUAACAGCAUCUGCUAGGCUGCGAGGAGGGAGCAGAAACUCCGAGGAACAACUACCCUUUAUCCAAAGCUUGCAGCAGUCUGUGGGGGGGCAUCAAUGGGCAAACGCUGCAGAGAAUUCCCCAGGAUAUCGAUUCUCGGACGAUAGUGGGCAUGGAACGGAACAGAACGAUGAAUCCCUCAGAGGCAACUCGUCUUCCUCAUUGGAAGAUGACCGAGAUGUCAUGAACGGUAUAAACCGGAAGUAUUACGAGGGUGAGGCUGAUGACCUAGCUCCGAGUCCAAAAAAGAGAAGCCGACAUGUACUCGUGAUGAAGAGGUUGCGUGCUGUUCUUUUAGGCAAAGUACCUCUGUAUAUCUCUUCGCGCGUGACUGGUUUACUUCGCAUAUUCGAGGCUAUCAUCACACGCACGAUAUUGAUACAAGGAUUUGUGGCUAUAACCACUGGAGCUGUGACAUAUGCCGGAAUUUUUAGAGGAAGGGAUGUGUUUUCUGGGCUUGCCCAUUUCAUCAAGGGCGGAGUGUUCUUCUGGUACGGAAUACUCACGUUAGGCCGCUGGGCCGGAAGCUUUGCAGACCGUGGUUGGGCUUGGAAUAUAAAACCUAGAACUACUGGCAAGUCGGAGAACGCGAACACCAUCUCCGCAGAAUUCGUGGAAAGCUUCCUUAUUUUCUUCUAUGGGUCUACGAAUAUAUUUCUAGAGCACCUGAAUGCAUGGGGCGAAGCAUGGAGCGCGCAAGACAUGGAACACAUCUCCAUCACAAUAAUGUUCAUUGGGGGAGGACUGUGCGGAAUGUUAAUCGAGUCGACCAGAAUCCGAAACCUGUUGAACAUCAACACUCCGAAAAUUUCCCUUAAUAGGCCAGUCGACAGCCCAUCUAUGGAAGGCGAAGACGAGGAAUCAAGCUGGCAGCCCCCCAAAAGCUACAAGAUCUCGAUGAACCCCAUUCCGGCAUUGAUGGUGCUCCUCUUGGGGAUAAUGAUGAGCUCUCACCACCAAAGCUCGAUGGUCUCGACUAUGAUCCACAAGCAGUGGGGAACCCUUUUGAUGGGCGCUUCCUUUGCUAGAGGGUUGACGUAUAUUAUUUUCUACUUGUCACCACCAACGUCGUUUUUGCCUUCGCGACCACCCUCAGAGCUCAUCACAGCUUUCUGCCUUAUGGCUUGCGGUCUCGUAUUCAUGGCCAGUAGCCGUGAUACAGUUGUAUCGAUGGAAUAUAAUAACCUGGAUGCCAUGUUUGUAUUCACCGUGACAAUGGGUCUCGUGAGCUUCCUCAUGGCAUGGAUCAUCCUCAACGUUGCAGUCAAGGGCUGGGCUGUACAGAAGGAGAGGAGGUGCAGUAGACUUUAAGUUAGCGGCGCCAUGGCCAUAGCGGUGACUUUUCUGACCCCACCAAAAUCCAGAGCAAGAACACCAAACUACAAACUUGGAAAAUCACAAAUAAUUCAAUUACUACAGUGCCAACUCAUCUAAAUCGCUAUCAUAUAGCUCUUCUUCACUCUCUUCAUCUAUAUCCUCAAUUGUAGCUUCAUUAAUAAGUCGUGGUAUUGUUCUAGACCUCUGUGAAGCUGUUGCUGU